ACCCGCUGCGCGCUCCGGCAUUCUCUCUUAUUAGUGUGCGCUCUGCGCGCCCCUUCUGAUUCCUAUCCCUUUGCUGUCUGUAAGAUAUGAUAGCUCCGCGCUUCGGGUGGUGAAUCGAGGUGAGGGAAUGGCAACGGCACGGGUGGAAUACAUCGCUCCUUGGUGGGUUUAUUGGCUGCAUAAUCUCCCACAUGUGGAUUUCUCCUUGCAGCGGGAGAGCGGCGAUUUUAACCCCAAGGACCCGGGUUAUCAGCAGACAUUGCUAUUUGUGGCACUAUUCAUUGCCCUCUGUGCUGCUGUCAAUCUGCUGUUUGUCUCUGGCUAUCUUAUAUGCCUUUGCUGUUGCAAGAAGGAAGAUGAAACAGAGACGAAGAUGACAAGUUCCUGCUGUGUCACCUGGACUGCUGCUGUGUCUGGCCUUCUCUGCUGUGCUGCAGUUGGCAUUGGUUUCUAUGGGAACAGUGAGACCAAUGAUGGUGUUUACCAGCUGACCUACUCCUUGGAUAAUGCCAACCACACACUGGCUGGGAUUGAUUCUCUGGUGUCAAAUACCAAUGCCAAGAUGAAGGAAGAUCUAGAUCAGCAUUUGUUUCGCCUAAAUGAGAUAUUUGCAGCACGAGGAGAUUAUAUCCAGAGCCUUAGAUUCAUGCAGCAGAUGGCUGGUAACAUCAUCCAGCAACUCACCAGCUUGCCUAACUGGCAGGGAACCAGUGUGAAUUUUUCAGAAAUUGCAAGAAAUGCCAGCAUCAUUGAGUAUUACAGGUGGCUCUCAUACCUCAUCCUUUUCAUCACCGAUGUUGUCAUCUGCCUUGUCACUUGCUUGGGACUUGCAAAAAAAUCAAAGUGUCUGCUUCUAACAAUGCUGUGCUGUGGGCUGAUUGCUCUAAUGCUGAGUUGGGCAUCUCUGGCCCUGGAAACCUCAUCUGCAGUGGCUCUGACAGUCUUCCAAAGGUCACUUACAACCAUGCAAAUCCAAAUCCAAGGCUUACUCCAGUUUGCUGUGCCAUUAUUUCCCACAGCCCAGAAGGAUCUCUUGGGUAUACAGCUCCUUCUAAACACUUCUGAAUCCAACCUACAUCAAAUUACAGCUCUGCUGGAUUGCAGAGGGCUUCAUAAGGACUAUCUGGAAGCUCUGAUUGGCAUCUGCUAUGAUGGAGUAGAAGGACUGCUGUACCUAAGUCUGUUCUCACUGCUGGCAGCGGUGGCAUUCACUGCCAUGGUUUGUGCAAUGCCACGAGCCUGGAAACACUUGGCAGCUAGGGAUAGAGAUUAUAAUGACGUUGAUGACGAAGACCCCUUCAAUCCACAAGCUCGCAGAAUAGCAGUGCAUAAUCCAAAUCGAGGGCAGCUAAGGAGUUUCUGCAGCUACAGCAGUAGCCUGGGUAGUCAAGCUAGUCUCCAGCCUCCUGCACAAACUGUCUCCAAUGCACAAGCUGCUGAAUAUAUGAAUCAGGCAGCUCUGUUCGGUGGAAACCCUCGCUAUGAAAACGUUCCUCUGAUAGGGAGAGGAUCACCUCCACCCACGUAUUCUCCAACUAUGAGGGCCACAUAUCUCUCAAUGAAUGAGGAGUCUCCUAAUAUAUACAGCAAUGUGUUUCCUGCCUAGUCCCACCUGAUUCAAGAUGCUCUCCUCUGUUCAAUAUGCUGGGUGACACUGCCAAUGGGUUCUUGUUAAAGAUAAUGGAAUGUUUACAACAAAGGUCUAAUUAUAGAACUGGGACAUCCACUAAGAGACGUCUUCCAACCACAGCGGAUUUUCCUUGUAACAACAUAGACGAUAGUGUUUGUAUCCAUAUUUCUUGGAAAUGCCGUGUUUGCCAAGAUCUAAUUGGAUAACUCUCAACACCAUAAUCUCUAAAUCGACUCCAUGAUACUGUCUCAUGCACCCUCUGGGAUUUAGAGUGUUUUAAAGUCCUACAUAACAUUAGUCAGAUCAGGUGGACAGUGUGACCGCAACAGACACUGCCUUUCUUAAAAACAGACUGAUAUUUACAGAUGAUGUAAAUUGCUGUCUUACUUAUUGGACAAUUCUUAAUAUUCAUGUGUGCAGCAUCUUUUUAGGUAAUACACAAAAAAACGUCACUUAUGUUCUUUGGACACAAUAUAGGAUGCUGGAUAAAACAGAUGAACUAACUACUCAGGUGUUGUUUUAUGAACCUUCUUAAUAAGAAUGGUUUGACCCAUGAAUUGUGGUAGCCUUCCUGGUUUAGAAUAGGCCAGUUGAAAAUAAUAUUUAAUGUUGAAAGUGAUUUUUAACCUUCAUUUUUCAGCUUUUCAUAAUCAAACAUCUAUCCAAUAAGUCUUUUGAUUAUGUUCAAUUUCCAAUCCAUUAAGGAUACUCUUAUGAAAAAGGUUUUACAUUUAUGUAUUACACCUGAUAGAUAUGCAAGUGUUUGACAGAUUGGCUAGAUAUGGCUAUAUAGGGCCAGAGUGUACAGGUAGCACUUAGCAAACAUGUAUGUAUACCACGUACAUAUGGACAGAUUACCUAACCCCAGAUGUUGAUUAAAAAAACAUACAACCCUUUCACUUGUCAUUGGGAUGCUGGGAAUGGUAACAUUCAGAGAGCCACAGGUUGCUUAGCUGUACCCAAAUACAUAUGAGCUCUGUACUGACCUAAGUAUAUGAGGCAGACGGAAAUCUCUUCAGUGUGGCAAUGUUCCUAAAUGGGAUGAAUGAAAAUAAAAUAAUGCUACAUUCACAUAACCUAUAAUGGAGAACAAAACCCAUAUUGUAAACACAGGGGCCACGUACAGUCCAGCAGCAAAAGUCAUACUAGAAUGUCUUCUUCCUUAUCUAUUCAUUUGCAAAAUAUAGUUAUAGAUAGGUAUUAGUACUGAAUACAUUUCUUAAACUUAAAAAUACCUCAAAUUAAAGUUAGGUGAACAUCUUAUUCAAUUGUUCAAUUGGCCAUUCUCAAUAUAGAUAGUGGACUUUGGCAGAUUUUUUAGCUUCAGCUUUGGCUUCAGAUGCUUGGGUGCCCAACAAUCACCCAAUGCUGGGACAUGUAUAAGACAAAUUUGUCUGAACAUAAGGUUGCACUCAGGUAAUGUAGUUAUUUCCCAUUGCACACCAGUUGUCAAUAGCAGAUUGAGAAGUUGUGAUGAUACCAUUUGUCCAUUCAUAAUUAUAGACCACAUUGUUUCAAUCAUUCCAACCACAAUUCUAACAGCUAAAGGCAUGCCAGUAACAGUCCCAGGUAUUAUAGAAAAAUAUGCGUUUCUUAUUUCGAAUUAUGCAUUCAAAAACUCAUGUACAAAAUUAAGUUAAAUUGGUAAAACUCAUGUAAACUUAGUCAUCUAAAAGCUGCCGAGUUCAUGUAGAAGUCAAUGGGAAGCAUCUACUGCAAAUUUAAAGCCUCAUUGAGCACAAUAAAGCUAGUAAAAAUUCAAUGUAUUCAAUUUUUUCACAAAUUUUAUUCAAGCAAAUUUUUAUAUUCACAUUUUUUAAUAAAUGAGAAAACCUUUCAAAUUCUGAAUAUAUUCAAAGCUGAAAAAAAACUCUAACAUUACACAAAGUCAGGCUUUCCAGUAAGUUAACCAGUAAGGGGCCUAAUAUCAUCUAACACACAAGGUUAUUGUCCUCACUGUUGUUAAACCAGCUGGCAAAAAAACUGGAUCUGUACCAUAAAUGACCAAUUCAGUCCUCCACGUGUGGCCAAAUAUUCAGUGAUUCAGACUGCUACCCACAUUAGGCUGGCAGCUUUGUCAUUCAAAGAAUGUUUGCAAAAUUCUUCUACCAGAAUUGUAUUAAUAUGGCAGCAAUCUAAAAAUAUAAUGACUGGGUAUUAUUGUGUAUGUUAGAAGAUUUUGGCCCCUUUACAACAAGCACUCAUGGGAUUACUACACACAACUCUUAUUUACAGGAAGUAAGCUUGUCUAAGUAUGUUCCUCUGUAGUAGUUUCUAUUUGUAUGUAUCUCUGUCUUCAGUUCAGUGCUAAUGAAUAUACUAAGAGCUUUAUAAAUAAAUACUAAUGAUUGUGUAUAUAUAUAUGUAUAUAUAUAUAUAUAUAUAUAUAUAUAUAUAUAUAUACAUAUGCGCCUAUGUGAUAAAUUACUGUAUAUUGUGUAUUAUUUAACAGUGUUUCCUUUGCAAAUAGACAUAUGCCUUUCAAGAAACCCACUAUUAUUGAUGGUGCCUUAGACCCAGUGGUGUUACUGUUGAGGUAGAAGGCCUUGUGCAGGGUACACAUCUUCCAAUAAGCUGUUCCCACUCCACCAAGGUAUCCAUAGUUACACCCCCAGCUCUGACCCACACAUUUAAAUAUCUAAAUAACACCAAACCAGAAAGCUCCAUAAUAAAAAUUGUAUUAAAAAACC